AUGGGAAAAGCCGCGCGACGGUCAGUUGCGUCAGAUCCGUCGUCGCCGACCUUAUCCUACCACUACCAACAAGAGCAGCAGCAGCAGCAGCAGCAGCAACAACAACAACAGCGGCACCAUCAGCAGCAAGUGCACCAGCAAGAGCACUUGUACUACCCCUCGUCCUUGUCCUACUCCUCCUACACGCCCUCGGCACCGUCCUCACCGUCGUCCUUCAACUCGCUGUCCGGAGCGGGUGUCACCUUCCCGGUGACAUCGCUCGCGUUCUCGUCGACCCCAGCCGGUCCUCAGCUGCAGGCUCCGAGAACUGCGACCCUCCAGUCGGCACCAUCCGCCUUUAGCUCGUCGUUUGCACCCGGUGCAGAAUCGGGCUCCGGCACGAGCGAUCUAUUCAUCCGUUCGUCUACCGCGGCCACACCGAGGAGCAACAUCACUCCGGAGUUCAGCCCCAGCCCAGUAACGGUCACGGCUCAAGGGGAACCCAUCAAGACCGGACCCCCAGCCACCGAGCCGUCCCAGCCCACCCAAGCUACCCUGUUACCAUCGUUUCGUCUCUCCAGCAACCAAACGCAGGUCAACCGGGAACGGGAACGGCUCAGGAUGGAGUUUUACGCCACGUACGACGUGAUGACCGGCGUCCGGAUAGCGGCCACGCUCGGCGGUUUCUUCGGCCUAAUGGUGUUCCUCGUCAUCUACAAGAGCCGCACGCGGUCGACGGCCAAAGCGCUCAAGGAUCCGACGAUAGCGGCCGUCGCUGCAGCCGUCAUCCAGGAGGAAGAAGAACGCGAACUACAGGAAGCGAUAGAAGCGACGGCGUUCUCGCUGUUACAAGAGGAGCUCAACAUCAACUACCCGGGGCUACAUCGCGACCGAUUACUUUCACUCGGUAACAUCAGCGCUCCACCCAUGCUCAGCCGAGGCCGCCGGAUGUCCUCGAUCAGUGGCGGCUACAGCAGUCUGCUCAACCCAUCGAGGCGCUUCUCAUAUAGUAGCACGCGAGGCCAUCGGAACAGCGUUUCGGUGUCCUCACGGGUGCUCAGUGCCUACAAUAUGGGUGGGAGCUUCGGGCAGGACGACUAUGUGCUCGAGAGCGACGGAGAAGAGGCGGACGACGAGUUUGAUCAAUUCACAACGACCGCCGAAAUCGGAUACCCGUGCAACUACCUGUCGGUGCCAAAUAAGUGUAACGAAUCCCGCAGGAGUAGUGCGAUGACGUGUUGCAGUACGGAGAGCUCCUUCCUCGAGCGACGAUGCUCCGCCAUCACGCUCGGUCUGUCCUCCCUGCCACCGAUCUCACGGUCCCCGUCACGGCAACAAACCCGUGACGACUCAACCGACUGGGAACCGUUCUACCCCGGCAUCAACAUUAUCGAGCCGACUCCGAAAUCAUCUCCCUGCCCAAGCGAACGGAUCGCCCACCGGUUCUCAGUCGAUUCGGAGCGUCCAUCGACAAGCCGAGGCCGAACCGGCUCCCAAUCCCAGUCAGGACUUUCGUUACACCCGGGAACCGCCAAAGGAGCUGGCGGAUCGCGCAACACUGCCGCCCUGUUCGAUGACAGCUCGAUCGACUAUAUUUCCGAGUGCCCGCUAGAUGGCGCCGUGGAGGACGGCUUCGGGUACCGUCCGCGGCAGUCACUGUUGGGUGCAACUUCUCGCCAUUACAACAGCGGUCGGUCCGAUGACAUUAGUCUGGCGAAUGGAACCGUACACCAGAUGCGAUCGAAUGGGGCAGAAGCACGCUCCAGCGCGAUCGGUCACACCAACAACACCAGUAACAGCGCCUGCGUUAGCAGCAUUGCGAUGGCAGCGCCCUCUAACGGUGGUGUCGGAGGUAGCAGUAGUAGUGUGGUGAGACGAGCGCCUCUCGCGUCGCUUAGUUCCUUUAAAAUGUCGUCGAUCGACUGCCAGGACACGGAACCCAAGAGCUGUGGGUCAGAUUCGGUGUUUGGCGAGGACAGUGGGGCCGACACGGACGAAGACCUGCAGCAGUUCAGCACGGACAGUGACGAGCUGAGCCUUACCAUGCCGUUUGAGGAGGACCGGGAAGAGACCGGUCAGGCAGUCGGAGGUCAACCGAGAGGCAGAGAGAGAGCAGGCCCAAGUCGAGGCGCGUUAUAUCGCCGACAGUCGACAUUGGCGCAGGUGGACGAUUACGUGGACGAUGAUGGAGACGAGCGACCAAGCGGGACACGGUCCGUGUUCGAGAUCGAACACGAGCACGGACCAGCAGGUGUGCAGCCAGCCACCGACACUAGCUAUUUAAGUAGUCUUUCAACUAGCAACCGCUCGGGAACCCGCGGUGGACCCGGCGUGGGGAAACGCAUCGAAACGCAAGCAAUCAUCGAAAGACAGCAUCCAAAUGACAAUGGAAGUAGCUAUCACAGCUGCAGCAGUGGUGCCAGCGUCGUCCCGGCCAGUGGUCAACAUCGCCAGUCACCGCUAGGCGCCAUUCCCAAGACAUCCCUGGCACCGACCGUGACCGUACAACUGCCGGAUGAUGAUCGACCGGGUGGCAAGGCCUGCGAACCUGCUCGGGUCCAACAACAGCAGCAACAGCAGCAACAGUGUGUUGAGGUGAACGUCAUCAUCAAGAACAACAGCAGCAGCAGCAACAGCACCAUGAAAAGUCCCUCUGUGAUUCUCGAGCUGCCGAUCCUGGCGAUUGAUGAGGACGAAGAUCCGUCCUCAUCCGCGCCUGCUCUGUCGGCGAACGAUCCCUGCAUUCCGGGACCCUCGAGGAAGUGGUCCAAGGAAACGCUCUUCUAG